UGGCUCGGCCGGGCGGCGCUGCUGCUGGGGCGGCCGGGGGGCCCCGCCGGUGCCGUCGCCGCCGCCGUGCCCUGGUCCUGCCUGGGCUCGCUGAGGGGCCCGCGGUGCUGCUGCCACCGCCGGCUGUGCAGCCUGCGGGGCGGCGCCGAGGGGCUGCUCCUGCCGCGGGGGUCACGGGCGCUCGGCACCCACCCCAAGAAGGAGCCGAUGGAGGCGCUGAACACGGCACAGGGGGCCCGCGACUUCAUCUACAGCCUGCACUCCACCGAGCGGAGCUGCCUGCUGCGGGAGCUGCACCGCUUCGAGUCCAUCGCCAUCGCCCAAGACCCCAUAUCAGCUAGGGGAAGCUGUCAGCAUUAUGGGGAGACCUGGGCACAUCAAGAACCAAAUGGGGCAAGUUCCUCAGCCCAUUCCCAGGCCUACCACCAGAAGGAUGCAGUUCCAUCACCUAAUUGCCCUAGCACGAAAUAUGACAGGACACACUAUCUGUGGCCUCCGCUAAUGGCAGAGGCUGCAGGGAAACCCAUCCCUUGCUGCGGCCGCUACGCUGAAGGACAGUCCUCAGAGAAGUUGGAGGUUGCACCACCAUCUCCAGGACAACUGAGACAUGUGUUCUUCCACAAUGCAUUACCUUUUGUAGGGUUUGGAUUUUUGGAUAACGCAAUUAUGAUUGCUGCGGGAACCCAAAUAGAAUUGUCAAUUGGAGUUGUCUUAGGAAUUUCAACUAUGGCAGCUGCAGCUUUAGGAAACCUUGUUUCAGAUUUAGCUGGACUGGGUCUUGCAGGUUACGUAGAAGCCUUAGCUUCACGACUGGGUCUGUCAAUCCCUGACCUGACACCCAAACAAGCUGACAUGUGGCAAACGCGUCUCAGUGCACACUUGGGCAAAGCUAUUGGAGUGACCAUUGGCUGCAUAUUAGGAAUGUUUCCUUUGUUGUUCUUUGGCGAGGAGGAAGAAAAACUGGAAGAAAAAUAAUAACCUUUUUACAAGACAUAUACAAAUGUAAACUACUGUACCUCAAUUAUUCAAUUAUGCUGUCAAUAUUUAGGAAUUAACAGACAGUAAAAAAUGUAUAGACUUGGGAACAAAACCUUCAGCAUGUCGUUUUAUGGAAACACUAAUUUAUUGUGGCUUUGUUGUGUUCAGUACUUCUUUUUAUAUCAUCUAACUUUUUAUUUAAUUGUAAAUUUUUGAAGUGUUUUCACUUAUGGCAAGAUGUUUACCACUUUCCCCUUAGAUCUUAUUCUUUAAUGGAUUAUUACUUCAGUAAUCCACCAUGGAUGACAGUAUCACUCUUGAGUUGCAUAUUGGUUGCUUAACAGUUGUAAUUGCAUGACAGAAAUAUCACUGUUGUUCAUCAGGUCCUUCAAUGCAGAUUAUUAUGGAGGUCAUUGAUGAGUAAUUUGAAGUCCCUCACUUUGCAAGAUGACUGGUUGCCCCUGACUUGCCAUCAUUUUGCACUGCCUUUAGAUGAGUUAUUUCAGUGAUCUUUGACAGUAUAGAUUGCAUUUUUUUCCCAAUUCUGACUAAGUGUCUCUGAAUUGUCUUCUGAGAUGAUCAUGUUGAUGCUUUGACAAGGUAAGUGUCUCCAGUAUAGGGUCUCUACCAAGUCCAUUUAAAAAGUGGCAUUUUAACACCUUCUGUACUUCCAUAUUCAUGCCUCCUUUUUUUCCUUUGUAAACAGUAUUUUGAGAAUUGAGUUGAGAUAUCCUUAAAUUUGUAUUCUUGUGUUUUGAGUGUGGUAUUAAAGAAUUCAGACCAACUGUUUCAAAAUCACAAACAACUUUUUUAAUUGUUCUGCUUAAAAUAAGGUGUGAAUAGUUGAUUGGGUAGAUGAGGCCAGGGAACAGUUCAAGGUAUGAAUAAGUGCUGGCAUUGCAAGUUUAUAAGGAGUGGUUCAGUUGAAAUGAUAAGUGUACCAUCAGUCUGGAUUAGAGGACCUGAUUUGCUGAUGAUAACUUUGUAUUUAAGAUUAAGCCUUUGCUACUUUUUUUUUUGCUGUGAGACAAUUAGUAAAAAGAAACCAAACAAAAAAAGGACACUUGAGGCCUUUUUACUUUUUUGCCUUUUAUUUUUGCAGUCUUACUUGGUGUGUUAUAGAUCUGACAGUGCAGUCUCAUGUAACUGUGCUUUCUUAUAGGGACAUGGAUAAAAUUAUGACAGCUCUCGAAUAUUUAUAAUAUUUCAGGAUCUGAUUUGCCAAUAGCAUAAUGCUAAACUGAUAAUUGUCCCUUAGAGGAGAAGAUUUCUUAUCUGUCUGAAUACCAUUUGGAAAAGACACUAAAAAGAGGCACAGCCAGGACAUUUUGAAAGUUUUAUUGCUGGAAUUGUUAGCACUUAUGAAACCUACAAAGAAAUGUUUAAGAAAAAAUUAAGUCCCCUGAUGACUUUUAUAUGCUGUAGGAAAAGUCUUAUUGUAGCAUGUAUGUUUUACAUAAGCUCAUUAUCAUAAAUCUGACUUCUCUGUUCUCAUUUCUAGAAGCCCCUUAACAGCAGUACUGAAACUUUGACUUAUAGUCACUUAUAGUCACUCUUGUCUCUGUUUCUUGAGAAGCAGACUUUGAAAAGUGGGAGUGAGUUGUCCUAGUAGCAUGUGCUGUACUUUAUACAUUACACCAUGACAAUCUGGACCAAACUAUAAAGCUGAACAAAAGCUCAGCCAGACAUCAAACACAAAUGCAGAGGAGUUUUGGCUUACUUUCAAAGUUGGAAGCUUUAUUAAAAUAAAGUAAAAUAAAACAACAAAAAAACAACCACAAAAAAACCCUCUAACCACAAAAACCAAUCCAGAUAGGCAAUUAUACACUCUUACCCCAACAGAUUUAUAGUAGUUAAAUGAUGAGAGUUGGUUUUUUUUUUUUAACUCAUCCACACAUUUGUCUUGCCUUAAACAUGCUUCUGCAUGUACUUUUGUUUCUAUAUAAAGCUCUAUGUAUUUCCCACACGCAUUUUUCUUAAAUUGAAGUACAAAUCAAAGAAAUUUUGCAUAGCUUUUUCUGUAGCUGUUUUUACAGUAAUUCCAACACUGUUUCUUGUUAUGAUACUGGCAUCUUGAUUGGAAUCUUUCAGCAGUGGCCAAACCUCUGUUCUUUUGCAUUGUACCAUUGGAACACUGUUUUCAUCACUUUUUUAGAGCUCAUAAGAGCAACUGGAAGGCUGUGCCAACUCUCACAGUAGUGUUUGUUUCAUAAUGCAACAGACUGUAUUAUUGUUAAAUAGCUUGUGCAUGUAAAUUGAGUAUCUUUUGUUACUGUAUGUCAAACUGUUGUACUGCAACCAAUGCUUUUAUUGAGAAUCAAUGAACUAAAAUAUCUUGAAAGAAGUUAAUCAUGUGUUGUCUUGUUAAACUAUUUAACUGACCACAAAAAUGUGGAGUGCAAGUGACACAUGGUAAGAAAUCUUCGGUAUUUCAGGCUAUUGUCAGGUAUCAUAAUCAAGGAGGUGACUUCAGGUGUUUCAGGUUUUGACAAAGGUGAAGAAAUAACUUGUGAUUUGGGAGGAUUAGUGGUGCUGCUGGAGGCUGAGAUAAGGUGUGUUUGGGGGCCAAGCUGCCCCUCUGAGUACCAUGGGGUAGCUUGCUUUGCCAGCAGGAUCCACGCUUGUGUGGACAUGGUACUGCUUCUGUGGAAGGGAAGAUCUGUGCCUGAUCUGUACCCUGUCUCCCCACAAGGAGGGUGGGUUUUUCUGGGGUGUAUGGAUGAAUGUAAUCCCUGAUCACAGUUUUUAAAAACUUAACAGAGAAGACCGAGUCCCCUUUGUUUUCUAGUGUCUUCUCCCUCCUUGGUAAAAGGAAAAAAUGAACACUGCAGGUUUUUUCAGAGAAUUCAGCAUUGCUCCAUUUGUUUUUAUUCUGUUGGUUUGUCCUCUGUUAACAGGAAUUCUUUUUUUCCUUAAAGGGCUGGUAGACCUGAAAUUGUGUUUAAAAUGCUGUCUUUUAUUGUAACUUAAAAUAUAAAUGUAUUUUUGACUGUAUAUUAUCUCCAGGAACAAAGAACAUCUGAUAAUACAGUUACCCAAAUCUUCUCGCCAAUAUUUUCUCAUGCAUGUACUUUUACAUAAAUUAUUUGAAUUCAGACAACAUACUUUGUAUUGUCUUUAAUUAAAUUGUUGAACUUUCUGUAAACUUUUGUACUACAGCAAAGCUGUUCUGUGUUUCUUUAUUAGACCAGAUGCUGGAGGGGAAAUGUUAAUAAUAUCCUGUGGGUAUUCAGCCUCAGUUAUACAAAACAGGAAUUUAUUAUUUAAGUUAUAAGAAGGUGGUCCUUUGUCACUGUCACAGGAGAUACUACCAUGGAGUGGUACUUCUGUCUCUUCAUGCUUGGAAGAGAGAGAUUUAAAUAAUUAAAAUGUUUGCAUGGUAAAUUGAUGGUGUUUGUGAUUAAUAUUAGAAGUCCACUUGCACUUGAACUUCUGGAAUUAACAGGUUUUUUUGUAUGCAAACUAAGCUAUUUUGAACUUUCCUGGACUUUGGAGCUCCUCACAUUUUUUUUCACUCCCUGGUCAGUCCCUUUUGUGGAUGUCUGCACAUGAAGAAGUGCUGUGAGGAAACAUCUGUACUGGAAGGAUGGUCUUAUCUCAUUUUGACAACCUGUAUAGG